GUGGGCAUCUGCAGCGGCCUAGUUGAGGGUCGAGACGUGGUGUACCGCAAGGACCUGGGCCGCCGUAUGGCCUACUCGGGGCGGUGCAUGCGGCUGACCAAGCUCAUCAGCGACGCUGCGCUGGGCGGCAUGGUGCUGCUGGGCGCUUCCACGGUGGAGAGGCUGCAGCCGUUACCGCGGAAGGACCUGCAGGGUCUGCUGGUUUGGCACAAGGGCCGCUUCGAGCUUGACAACAUGCCAGCAGGCGGCGGCAUCGACAGCGCAGCAGAAGACAACGGCUCCGUUCUGCCCCUGUAUAAGCCGCGUCCCUCCCUGCAGCAGCGCCCCUCCUUCCAGCUCCCGCACCACCAGAAGGACCUGCCGGCUGCUGCUCGUGGAGUGGGACCCCAGGAC